ACCACAAGAUACCAAACAACUGUACUGUGCGGGGCACCAAUGCUCUAGCUUGUGCUCUAGCCUCUCCUCCCAUGUCAAACUCUUAAGCAGAGACAGGAACCUGAGUUAAGUGUUGUGGCUUAGUACAUUUCCUGUUUUAAAAAAAAAAGCAGCAGAGAAAAGUCAUUCAAACGAGAUGUCAGUUGCAAUGUGUUAGCACCGGUAACCCAGGGCUCACCCUUCUCCUUUCUGGCGUGGGGCUUAACUGAAGUCGGGGAGCAGAUCAGGGCCUCUGAACAUCUGGCGAAUCCACCUAAGGGCGGCCCUUGCUGAGCAGAGUUACAGCCUGCAUGAUUGACACUGGGAGGUUGUAACAUGAAUCAGCAAAGGAUUUUUUUUCCCCUUGAAGUUUGAGUGUUACAGCAUGCAAAAGAGAGAUAAAGGGCAUGCUCAUUAAUUAGGAAGAGUAAUUUUGGGAGACCAUGGAAGAAAAUAAAACCCAUAACUCAUCGGCAAGGGCUCAGCAGUUUGCUCAGUUUGGGGAGAAUUCCUGUCAACUCUCUCCAUUUACACCAAGCGCUCGUCAGGUGAUUCCUAACAUCUGCAUCCACAUCCCCAUCAUGGCUCCACUGAGGAAAGAACUUCACCAAAGCAGCCAGAAGAUCAUCACAGGUUGGUGUGUCGUCUGUGCAGUUGUGGACAAUAUGAUCAGUCAAACUGAGAAGUCCCCGCGCCGGUGCAGGCAUCUGAGUGAGAGUUACGAUGAGAAGUGCGAGCGUCGGCACGAGACCCGUGAGAACUUGUGGAGGAGAAACAACAUCACCACAUGUCGCCGUGUGAUGCAGUGUCGGAAAAAGGAGGCUGAGGAGCAGUCCCAGAGUCCCCGUCAGAAAGAGUUCCUGAAGAGAAGGAACUUAGCCACCGAAGAAGGAAAGAAACAAGUAAGGUUUCCUACUGGGACACCAGCAACUCCGGGACAAGAGUGUGCAACAGGCACCCGCAAGGAAGCAUCUUCCUGGAUGGAUCUGAGGUCACCCAUAUCCCUCCAGAAUAACAGCACCUCCAUGGUCCAGCACAAGCAUCUCCAGCUCAGUCUCAAUGAUCCUCGCAUGCAGAACAACUGGCACUCCAGUGGCAUUUCAUCACAAAACAUCCUCCCCAAAGACAUCUCCAAGACCAGCCGAGGCACUCAGACAUUAACAGAUUCUAAUGCAAUAAAGAAAGACUCAAGCCAACAAACAGACUGUGGAAUAGCAGUAUUAGAUAAGGAAAUAAUUCAACUUUCCAACUACCUCACGGAGGCGUUACAUCGAGAGCUGCUGCUAAAGCAGAAGAUGGUGAUUUUACAGGAGCUUUUAUCCACAUUGCUACAAGCAUCAGAAAAAUCUUGGAAGGGUCAGCUGAAUGAAGACAAACUAAAGGGUAAACUGAGGGCCCUUGAAAAUCAGCUUCACACCUGUGCCCAGAAUUACUCAAAGGACAGUGUGAAGAGGAUCCUGAUGGAGAUGGAGGACCAAAAGCAGACCUACGAACAGAAAGCAAGAGAAGCUCUGCAGAAGCUGCUGGAGGAGAAACUCCAAGCAGAACAGCAGCUACAGAACACUCAGAGGACCCUGGCAGUCACAGAAGACAAGUGUGCUCUCUGGAAAGAAUACUAUGACACAUUAAAAGCAGAGUGGAGUAAGAUGGCCACUAAGCACACUGAACUAGAGAACAAGCUCCAUGUUUUGCAGAACCAACUGCAACGGGCAGACAUCCAGAAUGAUCAGCUCCUCCAGGCCCUGUGUAAAUUGGAGAGUGAGCGGGAAGAUCUUGAUUUGAGAAUCGAGGCUCUACAAGUAGACAGCCAGUUCAGAAUGGAGCACAUCAGUGCAAUGGAAGGUAAAUUGCAAAAUGAACAAAAUCAAAAGCUGGCGCUGGAGGAGACAAUCACUUGUUUACACAACCAGUUACAGAACCAGUCCAAGGAGCAGAAGUCUCAGGAAGAGGUGGUAGGACGAAAAGCUACCCCUGCACACCAAGAAAAUCAUCAUCAAAAACUGGGGAGUUUUGACCCUCUCACCACCAAAGAUCAGGUUUUAACUAUGCAGCUCCAACCCCCCAGUCCAGUCAGAGAAAAACAAGAUGCUUUGUUAAAGCAUCCUGACCAUGAGGGAGAGGAAAAUCUGAAGGACCAGGUGCAAAAGAGGACAGCCCAGCUCAUUGCAAAGGAAAAGGAGUGUGCAGAUCUCCGCUCUGAGCUGGAGGCCCUGAGCGACGAGUAUCGCUUCUGCAUGACCAAGUUACGUCAGUGCCGAAAUGAGCUCAAUCAGUUCCAGAGCAAACAGUCAAAAAGACAAUGUGGCCACUGGAUCCCUCUCCUAAUGGUGGUGAUAGCAGUAGCCAUGGCAGCUUUCUUAGCCAAUUUUGUACCCUGAGAAUCCAUCCGUUUCAAUUAUCUCAGCUCAGCAACUGACUCAAGCUUUUUCACUAUAAUGUAUAAACAUUUUGUAGGGUUUUUGGGGGGAUAUUUUUGAGCUGGUCUCACUCCUCAACAAAUUCACACUGGUUCAAUAAAUGCCGUGAGAUCA